GAGAAGCAUCAGCAGCAGUGUGCAGGGCUACAGCAACAUGAAGCUCCUGGUGGUUUUGUCUCUUGCUUGGUGCUACAGUGCAGCGCAGUAUGUGAUGCCCCUCUCAUAUAUGGGGUAUCCUUUAGUGCAACAAUACAGCUCCAGACCAAUGUACGGUUAUUCUACCUUCGGCUACCACGGCAUCAACCAGAACCGCCAUGAGUUCCGCCGUCCUGAUGGCAGUGUUGUUGGUCAUUACUCCUACAUCCAACCCGACGGUAAGCCCGCUGUUACCUUCUACGAGGCUGGUGCUGGUCAAGGCUACCGCGUCAGGUCAAAUGUCCUUCCCGUAGCAGAGACUGCAGAGCUGAGCGCCCCUGUGAACAAUCUAGUUGCCCCAGAACCCGUACAAGAAACCCCUGAGGUUCUUCAGGCUCGGGCAGAGUUUCAAGUCAUGUACGAUGAGGCCAAGUCCCGGGCUGUUGAAGAACCAAGCGCUCGUAAGAAGCGUCAAGUGACUUUCCUAACUUACCCCGUCACUUCCGCCGUCAGUAUUAAGACCAAAGAAGCACAAGACAAGACUACUGCUAUUCAAAUCCCAACCCCUAUGGUCUACUCAUAUCCAUUCAGCCCCCUCAUGAAUUACGCAUCAUUCCCAUAUGCUUACCAUGGCUACCCUUACUCCAUAAACCCGUUCGUGCCCAAGACUGAGGAGGUGAAGGCCAAGCUUGAGACUGAUGCUGAGACUGAGGCUGAGGCUGAGCCUGAGCCUGAGGCUGAGACUGAGGCUGAGGCCGAGUCUGAGCCUGAGGUUGUCGUGGAGGCUCGUCGUCGUCGUAGACAGGCACAAUAUGUCUUCCCUCUCAAGUACACCGCAGACUAUGCCAAGUUCAAGACCCAGAAGUUCGAGACCGUUGAGUCCGACACUCCCGCUGACACCACCAAGAUCGAACUUAAGGAAAAGGUGUACAAGUAUAAGCUCCCUGGCAUGUACCAUCCAUACUCUGCCUAUACUCCUUACUCUGCCUACACUCCUUACUCUGCCUACACUCCUUACUCUGCCUACACUCCUUACUCUGCCUACACUCCUUACGCUGUCAAUCCUGCCAUUACUUACUCUGUUCCAUUCCCUUUCCAAAGGCACAUCCCUCUCAUUGCUGCUCCCAUUAAGAAGGAGUAGGACCUCACACUAUCAACAAUCUCAUUUCCUGUGACAGAAAAUAAUUUUGGAUAAGAUUAUUUGUAUAUAUGUAUGAGGGAUGGUUUGGUGUCACCGAGUCGUUCGUAUACAGCUGCUACAGACGCGUCUCUGACGUAGCUCGUGUAGCUGUCACACAUACGUCUCUUUCACACUGCCUGCCUCAUAUGUACCUCUAAUAUUUUGAUGUAGCUGCUAUAUUCGUUGCUGGUGCACCCAUGUCUGUGAGCGAUGUCUGACAAUGUAGAUACAAUGUAAUGCAAUAAUAAAAAAAUAUAAAAAUA